AGAUUAUUGAGGAUUGUUAAUGUUAAAGUCAGAUUUCAAAGUUCAUCUUUUGUUUAAUUUGAAAAAGGAUAAUCUACGGAAAGGAGAUCAUAUCUAUGAAAACAAAAAUUUAGAUCCUGUCAAAACAGAAAGAAUAUUUUUAAAAUUUACAAGAACUUUUUUUUUAUUUUUUAGAUACAUUAAAAUGUUAUGUAUAUAAAUGCAAAUAUUCUGAAUGUAUCUUAAUUAUUCGAUAUCAAACGAAUCAUAUAAAUCAUCCUCAUCCGAGAGAGAUGAAACAUUGGCGCUGGCAGAAAUUAUCACGUUGUUUUUUAUUUUUAUUUUCAAUGUAAUUGGCAACUGUCUCGUUCUUUUAGCGCUUACUAGUAGUCGGAUUCAGAUGACAAGGAUGUAUUAUUUUCUUUUUCAUCUCUGUGUGUCAGAUCUUGUAACAGCUUUUCUUCACGUCCUUCCUCAAAUCGCAUGGGACAUAACAUAUCGAUUUCGUGGAGGCAACUUUUUGUGUAAAUUUGUUAAAUAUUUCCAGAUUCUUGGUCCCUAUUUGUCGUCGUAUGUGUUGGUAGUUACAGCUAUUGAUCGCUAUCAAGCUAUUUGUUAUCCAUUGGCUAGUUUCUCUUGGACUCCUAAGAGAUCGAAGAUAAUGAUAUUAUCUGCUUGGAUAACUUCUCUUUUAUGUUGUGUUCCCCAAUUAUUUAUAUUCUCUUAUCAAGAAAUGGACACUCUUACAGGCACCAAGGACUGUUGGGGCACUUUCAUUCAACCUUGGGGUGAAAAAGCAUACGUAACUUGGUACGCUAUAUCUGUAUUUUUCAUUCCUCUAAUGGUGAUUAUCUUUACGUACGUCCGUAUUUGCAAGAUUAUUUGCGACAAUUUGUAUAAACACAAAAUUCCAAUAAAAGAAGUUUCAAAUGAGAAAAAUAGUUCAAAUAUUACAGGAAUUAAGAAAAAAGAACUAAUCACUCACGAAGGAUCGUUCUUGCCUCGAAGUAAUUCCUUAAGGAAACUCAGUAGAGCAAAGAUUAAAACUAUCAAGAUAACUGUAGUGGUUAUCAUCUGUUACAUUGCAUGUUCGUGUCCAUUUAUUAUUGUUCAGUUAUGGGCUUAUUGGUAUCCAUUUGCACAAGAAUCGGAUAUAUGGAAAGGUCCAACAGUCACAAUACUUAUGCUUCUGGCAAGCUUAAAUAGCUCUACUAAUCCAUGGAUUUAUUUAUCUUUUAAUCGGAAUUUGAUUCAAUCAUUAAAUCGCAUCUGCAGUUCAAACUGGCGAAAAAUAAUAAUCCGACAGACAACGGAAACGAAUAAUACCACUCACACAAUCGAUGAAAAUGUAUGUAGUAGGUCUGCUUUAAGCAAAAAUUAUAAUAGAAGUAAAGAGAACGAAGUAAUGGAAAAUGUGGAGAUAUAAGCUGUUGAUUUUAGCUCUUAAAAAAAAAAAACUUUAAUGUGAAAUUUAAAUAUUUUUUAUUA